UUCGGCGCCUGCGCAGUCUGUUGACUGUUAAGGGUUUAGCGCAAACUGAGGUGUUGCUGUCCUGCUGUAUCGCUUAACCCAUUGCAUAACCCGAAAAAGUUUUGUAAAACUUUUUUUUUAUUUACCAUUUGAAGUCGAGUCGCGGCGAUGUUCCAGCAAACCUUCAAGAACUUCAACAUCAAUUUCAACCGUCUGAAUGCGGAGAAUUCUUACUCCAGUGGCGACCUGAUAACAGGACACAUCUCCUUCGACCUCACGAAGGAGACCAAGAUCACUUCGAUCACGAUGGCAGUGAAGGGAAAGGCGGAUGUCCACUGGUCGUCCGGCAGUGGGGGGAAAAACGGUCAGCGGAGGAACUAUCAUGCUGAAGUGAAAUAUUUUGACCUCAAAGCCGUCAUCGUUGCAGAGAAUGUCGCUACUGGCAGGACAACACAACUUCAGCCGGGCACGCACAUGUAUCCGUUUACAUGUCAGCUCCCGCACGGAGACUUCCCAGCUUCCUUCAAAGGGGCUCAUGGAAAAAUAGUUUACACCUUGACAGUGGGGAUCAAUAGACCCUGGCAUAUGUCCAAAGACUUUGUGACAGAGCUGAACUUUGUGAGCCGCAUGAAUACCAACCUGCCAGAGCUGUGGUAUCCUCUCUCAGGCACCAACACUAUGACACUGUGCUGCCUGUGGUGCGCCUCAGGUCCCAUCACACUGACGGCCGCUGCAGAGAAGAAAGCCUUUAGCCCUGGUGAAACUGUAAAAAUCAUUUGCAACAUUCAGAACAGUUCGUCUCGAACACUUACUCCGAAGUUGAAACUGCAAGUGAAGCAGACUUUUUACACCCACAACAAGGCCAGCAAGAAGAUAUUUGUCAAAAACUUGAACUCCGUGACUGGAGAGCCUAUCAGCCCUGAUGCUUUGGAUGUGCACGCUGAGUUCAUGCUCACCAUACCCUCAUCGGCAUCGCUCAGCAUCUCAAACUGCAGUAUCCUGCUCGUUGAUUACAUUAUUGAGGUGAACUUGAAGGUCUCAUCUGCACCUGACCUCACAGUGCUGAUUCCCAUCAUUCUGUUUUCUAACCCCAUACAGCCUAUUAGGGAGUAAAUGCGUAAAUAUCCUGAAGUAUUUUGAAUGCGUCUACUAUUACAUGAUAGAGGAUUGUCUUUGUGUCUGGCUGCGCACUGUAAUUUCUCAGCUUUGGCUUGUCACUCAGGGAGGUAGUAACAAGUAUUCAGUUCUCAGGGUUUUAGUAUCAGGCACACUUCAGGCGGGCCACACAGCGUUAAAUGUUUACAAUUCAACACACACACACAAAAAGAAAAUUGUCAUUUAGUUAACUUGCCUCCCUCCCCUCCUAUAUUUUCGCUUGGUUUAGUCUCCUUUUUAACACAUGCAUAUAUUGCAUAUCUUUUCUGUGUUAUCUUAUUAAAUCAAAAUAUAUAAAAAUAUCAUGUCAGAUUUGGAAAUAUAUACACCACAGUGCUUUGUGAAGUGACUCUUCAGUAUGUUUUAUGUAAGCCAAAGAGACAAAACUUGCUUUGAUGAAACUGUCUUUCAGCAUCAUACUGCCUUUUAUCACUUAUCAGUGUGUAUGUGUGUGUUUUACCUGUGUACUGUUUACUGUGGAUUAUUAUAGGAAAUCUGUUCUGUUUGUGCGUACAGUUGAGUAGAUUGAAGUAUUGGGAACAGUGCGUUACACUUUGAAUAUUAUUAUUAUUAUUUUUUUAAAAUGUAUAAUUAAUGUGUAUUUACAAUGUCCACUAAAAAAUACAAUAUCAAGAGCCUGUGUUGAUGCAUUGCAUGUACUGUUAAGUUUUUUUGUCUUUUCAUCUCGCCUUCCAGCAUGUCUUUUAAUUUUUGACGUGUACAUGUACAUAACUGUGUAAAGGUAUUUUGCGCUGUAGUGCGACUAAUUUACAAAUUUGGGCACAGUUACUGUGCUCUAAAUGAUGAUGAUGAUGAUGAUGAUGAUGAGACCUUCCGUGCGAACAGCUGAAUUCUUGGCUAAAUUGAUUCAGUACUAAACGCAUCAGAUUGUGUGUAACUCCUUUCAGUGGGGAAAGCACCCUGUCAACUUCUUUCAGUAGUUCAGCUUAAUUACGUACCAUCAGCUUAAUUUCCUGGAGGAAAGCUGUCCAAUCUUUGCUGUUCAGCGGGCACAUUUUAACCCUUUUUUUUAAGAGUUUUGUUUAAAGUGCCAUCUCAUUUCAAAUGUGGAUUCAUAUCUCAAGCUGUUACUUUCAUGUUGUUGUUAUGUGAAAGUUACAUUUUGAAAGUGUAAUGCAGCUGUUAUGCUAUAUAGUGAGGUGAGUUAACACUUUGAGAGCCAUAUGUAAUGUUUAAGUGGAAUGGAAAUAAAUCUUGUUUGUUUCCAGA